AUGUCCUUAAAUCCUGUCGCACUUCCCGAAGAUUUGGUGCGGGAAAUACUUGCUAGGUUGCCCGCGAAGUCAUUGCUGUGGUUUAGAUGUGUUUCAAAACAAUGGAAAGCUCUGAUUGGUAGCCAAUAUUUCGUCAACCUGCAAUUGAAAUCUUCCAAAAUCAGAGCACGAGACAACCCUCAGAUUCUACUGAUGAUAAAUGACGACCGUUCUGGUAGUAGUCCCUCUUUCCUCAUCGUAAACCCGGAUUCUCCACCUCAAAAGAUGAGACCCACCCAUCUCAAGGUCCACCCAUUUUCCCAAGGACGACAUUCUGUCGUAAACGGAAUCCAUGGUUGUUGCAACGGCUUGGUUUGUUUGAGUAGUUUGCACGCUGGUCCUAUCGUCCUGUGGAAUCCAGCGAUUCGUAAGAGGUGGGUGUUACCUGUUCUCGUUCUUGAUGACACAUGCAAUCACCCUCCGAUUCCAACACAUUACACCACCAACAAGUAUGGUUUUGGGUACGAUGAUAUCAGAGAUGACUAUAAAGUUGUGAGGAUUCUUGGUGAUAAGGUGACAAUCAAUGCAGGUGGUGUGAAGUGGUCAAAAGAUGUUAUAAGGAAAACGAUGACGACGACGAUGAUGUGUUGUAAUGUUGUUGUCCCUAUUAUUAGUUUAGAAAUCAUGAAAGUUACGCAAUUCAGCUCACAAAAAUAUACAAAACCACAAAUACACUUUGCCCUCUCGGAAGAAGUGUCGAUUUAG